UGGUGAUUUCACUGUUGAUAGUUCCUGAUGCCUUGUUGCUGAAGCUAGUCUGAGGCGCUGAACGCUUUUAUAUCUGAAGUCAGGUUAAUGCCUAAUACUUGUAUUUGCAUCUCAACGUCAGGCCCCCACACAGCAUCUUCUGGAUGUCCAAAUACAAACUCUUCCUCCUCAGGCAUGGAGAAGGGGCCUGGAACAAGGAGAACCGCUUCUGCAGCUGGGUCGACCAGAAAUUAAGCGAGAACGGGGUGCUGGAAGCCCAAGAAUGUGGCAGGCUAUUGAAACAUAAUGGGUACCAGUUUGAUCAGGUAUUUACCUCCAUACUGAGUCGCUCCGUUCAGACGGCCUGGUUGGUGCUGGAGGCCAUGGGACAAGAAUGGGUCCCGGUCACCAAAUCCUGGAGGCUGAACGAAAGGCAUUACGGUGCCUUAAUCGGCCUUAACCGGGCCGAGAUGGCGUUGAACCAUGGUGAGGAACAGGUAACACUGUGGAGGCGUAGCUAUGAUGUCACUCCGCCUCCUAUUGAUGAGUCACAUCCCUAUUAUGCUGAAAUUUAUAAUGAUCGCAGAUACGGUACGUGUGAUAUUCCGAAAGAGGAACUACCCAAAACAGAAAGUCUGAAGGAGGUGUUAGACCGACUGCUUCCUUACUGGAAUGAUGUCAUCGUACCGGUGAUCAAGAGUGGCCAAACUGUCCUCAUAUCUGCACACGGCAACAGCUGCAGGGCCCUGCUUAAACAUUUGGAAGGUAUAUCAGACACAGAAAUUGCCAAGGUAACCUUGCCGACCGGAGUACCAGUCUUUCUUGAACUGGAUGAGGAUCUUCGACCCGUGAAACCUCGUCAGCUCUUGGGUGACCAGGCCAAAAUCCAGGCAGCUAUCAAAAAGGUGGAGGAUCAAGGCAAGGCUUUAACAGUAAAUAAAUAAGGAUGUCCUUGUGAAAAAUGUUACUUGUUAAAGCCGUGCAAAUAACAAUUCAGACAGAAAGGUCAUAAGCACGUGUUCAUUAGGUCGUAAAGCACUGGAUUAUUAUAUCUGAAGGAUUAUUGCAUCGUGUAAAUAAUGGGUUCUGAUUGUAGUAGUAUCAAAAAGUGUGUACAAGUACCUACGAUACCUGUACAAGUCUUUAAAAAUACAAGCACUGGUUACUGAUGCAAAAUGCACCAUUCAUUUUUUUUAUGGUAUGAGGAUUGCAAACCAAGCAAAUGCCAUAUUAGACACUGAUAGAAAUUAAUUUUAAAGGAAAACACCACCGUUUUUCAAUAUUUUACUAUGUUCUUACCUGAACUUAGACGAAUUAAUACAUACCUAUCUUUUUUAAUGCUUGCACUUUUAAUCGUUGUAUAGCACGUUGUGAAUGUGUUAGCAUUUAGCCUAGCCUCAUUCAUUCCUAUGGCUCCAAACAGAGAUGAAUUUAGACGCCACCAAACACUUCCAUAUUUUCCCUUUUUAAGUUACAUUAGUAAUUACACAAGUAAGUAUGGUGGCACAAAAUAAAACUUUUGUUUGGAGCCAUAGGAAUGAAUUGGGCUAAAUGCUAACACAUCCACGAAGCGCUGUACAAAGAUUAAAAGUGCACGCGUUGAAAAAAAAGAUGGGUAUGUAUUCAUUCAUCAAGUUGAGGUAAGAACACAGUAAAAUAUUGAAAAACGGUGGUGUUUUCCUUUAAAGGGGUAGUUCACCCAAAAACGGAAAUUCUUAUCAUUUACUCCACCUCGUGGAAAUCUUUGGGUGCCGUCCACUGUGUGCAUGUAGUGAUGGACAGAAUUUUUCAUUUUUGGGUGAAAUAUCCCUUUAAGUGUAUAUUUAAUGAAAUAUGCUGGUGUUUUUGUUGGCUCUUUUUUUUAGACCACAGAAAAUCAGUGGUGCCUUCCUCUUGAAAAAAUAGGAUUUAGCAGUCUGCCGUACAAAAGUAAAACACAGUAACUACUACGGUAACAUCAAUGCUGAAACUAAGUAAAGUUAAUAACUGCAUUUACUAGGCAAAACUGAGCCAAAGCUAUCUAUAACAUAGAAGAAGACUAUAGUCAUAUUUGAUGAAGUACUGUCAUUGUAGUUGCUGUGUUUUUUGUUUGCAUUGCAGAGAUGUUGAUGAAGGAAUAUAUGUUAUUAACAAAAAAUAUUGUAGGAACGCCUCUUAAUAAGGAAUUCUUUAUAAUUCCUUAUUAUAAGAGAUUAAGAUCUUAUCCUUGCACAAAUCAAUAUGGGUCAAUGAUUGUGCAGAGUUAUCUUGAUAUAGCACUUGCUGUCUUGCUUUUUAAAGGCACAGAUUUGGCACCAAGUCCAGAAGCAUUUAAAUAUUUUAUGAUUUUGUUACUCUGUCAAAACGUAUGUUUAGGAAGCAAGACCCUGUCUGUGAUAUCCAGGCUAAAGUCUCAUAAUCUAUCAAUAAAUGAGAUUAGGAGCAUUUUGAAGUUUGAUUCCAAUCUCUGGCAUAUCCUUACUCAGUCAAGAUUAAAGAUAUCUAGGUUAUAUUUUCACACAAUGUUCUUUACAUUAUGUAGGAUGAUUUUAUGUUAAAAGUAAAUCACAAAAAAAUGACUUUUCACAGACUGUCUCACAUGUUUUUAUGUUUAGUUGCACUGUUUGUUCAAUUUUAGCCAGUAUUUUAAAAGCAUAAUUAUAUGAAAAUGACAUUUUGUUUUAUCAAAUGUAUUUAUUAAACAAAACAUGAAGUUAAUAUGGGUUACGACUAAUUUAGGGCUGCAUAAGGAUUAAUCCUGACUAAUCGUUUGCAUAAUAAAAGUUUUGUAUAAUAUGCAUAUAUAAAUGCACAUGCAUGUAUACAUUUAAGAAAUAUUUACAUGUAUACACAUUUUUAUAUUUAUAUAUACGCUUAUAUACAUAUUUAAUCUGUAAAUGUAUUUUUUGCAUAUGUGUGUGUAUUUAUAUAUACAUAAUUAUUAUACACCGUUCUCACACAUGUAUGAUGUCAACUUACGCAGCCCUAGACUAAAUUAUAUACAACUAUGUUUAUUUGCUGCAUUAUGAAAUGCUAUGCCGUUCACUUCAGUGCACCAUAUUUGUCAUCUGAAAUAAGCAUUGCACUAUCUGUUUAUUUAGUGUAUUUAAUGCGUAAUGUCUAUUUAUUACUGUACUGUAUUUUAUUGAAAGGGAAAAUGUUACAUCUUUGUGAAAAUAGGUCAUGGUGUGUUCUACAUGUCUGUGUUGACACUACUCCUGUCUGACUACUUUGAUGCAAUUGUGGCACAUAUUGCUCAUCUUACUGUAUAAGGUUAUAGUUUCUGUUUUACCAACUAGCAGCACAGGUCUGUUGGGUGUAGCACAGCCUUUCACCAAGAAGUAGAUCAAAUAUUUUUGUCAAAUAGUUUUUUGUUGUCUGCUUAAUAUAGAAAAUUAAGAAUAAAAAUUACAAAUAUAUAUAUA